AUGGCUGCAGUCUUACCGAAAACAAUAGAAAAUGAUGAAAAUCUUGAAACAUAUUGUUUAAUUUGGCUUGAUGCCUCUGUGAAUACUUCAAGAGAAAAUUUUAAAGUUCAACAACAAUUACAAGCAAUAAUCAAUCAUUUAUUAACAUUUGAAGAUGAUCAACAAUGUCUUCAUUAUAUUAAAAAUCGUUCUGAAGAUGAUCGAAUUAUUUUAAUUGUUAGUGGAAGAUUUGGUCGAAUUAUUGUACCUCAAAUAGCUAAUUUACAACAGAUCACUUCAAUCUAUGUUUAUUGUUUUGAUAAAACAGCUAAUGAACUAUGGUCACGACCAUUUGCGAAAGUCAAAGGUGUAAUAGUUCGAUUAGAUGAACUUAUUAAACAAAUUGAAAAAGAUUACACUCAACAACAACAUGAUAAAAUUGAUGAACCAUUAUCAAUCAAAGUUUUUGAGGAAAAACAAAUAUCUAUUGAUUUACACGAACAAUUUAUUCAUGCUCAAUUAUUAAUAGAUUGUCUUAUUCGAAUGAAAUCAUCAUCGAACGAUAAAAGUGAACUUACUGAUUUUUGCCAACAAUAUUACAAGAAGAAUUAUACUCAAUUAAUGAUUGUUAAAGAAUUUGAAAAUAAUUAUUCGUCUGAUAAAGCGUUAUGGUGGUAUACGAGACAUUCAUUUGUUUCUCAAUUAUUAAACAAAGCACUUCUAACUCAAAAUAUUGAUAUAUUGUUUCUAUUUCGAUUUUUUAUUCAUGAUAUUGGAUGUCAAUUAGGAAAAAAAAGAUGUUUAUCACCAGUUCGUGUUUAUCGAAGUCAAUUAAUGUCAAAAGAAAAUCUUGAAAUGUUACAAAGUUCAGUGGGAAAAUUUAUUUCAAUUAAUUCAUUUCUAUUAGCAAAUAUAGAUUCUGAAAAAACUCGAUCAUCUCUCGAUUUUGCUAAAACAUUAGGUGAUAUUGAAAGAGUUUUCUUUGUAAUUAAAGCUAAUCCUGAAAUUCACAAUACUAAACCAUUCAAUAAUAUUCAAUCAUAUGGGUAUUUUCAAAAUCCAAACGAAAUACUUUUUAUGGUUGGAUCAAUCUUUCGUAUUGAAGGAAUCGAACGUCCUGCUGAUCAAAUUUGGAAUAUUCGAAUGACUUUAUGUUCAAUAAAUGAUCAAGAAUUAAAAUCACUGUUGGAACACAUGAAGAAAAAUUUAGGUAUUGGAAAAACAAAUCUUAUUCAGUUUAGUAAUAUUCUUUAUCGAAUGAGAAAAUUAAAUAAUGCUGAAAAAUAUUCUCGUCGUUAUCUUAAUCAAUUACCAAACGGUCAUCCAGAUAUUGCUAACUGUUAUCAGACAUAUGGAAAAAUCGCAGAAUCAAAAAAAGAAUUUGCAUUAAGUCUUAAAUGGUACAAGAGAUCACUGGAUAUAUUUUCAAAAACAUUGAAAUCUGAUGAUCCGAAUAUUGCUGAAAUUUAUAACAACAUGGCUAAUGUUUAUUCAAAAAUAAAUGAUUAUACCAAUGCAAUGAACUCGUAUCAAAAAGUAUUGGAGAUUUGGAAGAAAAUUGCUGGUGAUAAACAUCCUUAUGUAGCUCAAUGCAUCAAUAACAUAGGUGCAGUCCAUGAAAUGACGAAGAAAUAUUCUGAAGCACUCGAUUGUUAUCGACAAGCAUUGAAGAUUUUAAAGAAUUCUCUAUCUUCUGAUCAUCCUGAUAUUGCUAUGACCCACAGAAAUAUAGCUUAUGUUCAUGAAUUGAAGGGUGAAUUUAAGGAUGCAUUAAAUUCUUAUGAAAAAGCACUGAAAAUAUAUCGUCAUUUAUUACCUUCAACCCAGAUUCAUGUUAAUGAAAUUGAGAAAACUAUAAGACGGAUGUCACAUAAAUGA